AUGUCUUUAUCAAUUGAACACCCUGUUUAUACGACAAGGUACAUUGGACCAUGUUUAAUUACGCUUUACGACAGCAAUAAUCAGCCCGUUCAAAUGAUCGACGCGCCUGACAACGUCCAGCCAGUUAUUGUAAAGGUUAAUAAUGACCGUAUUACUAUUAACAUCAAUAUUGGGUGUAAGGCGGAACGGGUUAGAGGGCUUUUUAGCGAUGGUUAUUAUUUUGAAGUAAGGGUUAAGACCAAUAGAACUUUUACGACUAUUAAAAACCCGUAA